CUGGAGAAAACUUUAAUUACACAGCAAACACCACGAUGGGAGUGGGGUUGGUGCCAAACACCAGCACACGAAACGCUCCUUGGGGAUGGGUGGUAUAAUUAAUACUACUUUAGGAUGAGUUCUGCUGCUUUUUCCGACCAUCCAACCACUAAACAGUCCUGCCGGUAUCACGAUUUUGCAGACUAGGACGCUUGAUUGAAAGCAAACAUUUGCAACAGUGGUGCUGCUGAGUUGUUCGUACUGGCUAGUGCGUGCCUUCGAUUAAUAUAAAGCUGCUUCUGUUUAUUCAACAUUUUUGCCGAGAAAGUGUUUGGCUUCGUUUCUGCUCCUGUCACUCAUCAGAUUGUGCUGAGUCAUCGUUAUGCAGUGCUCAACCUGCAAUGCACCCACCGAUAGUGCUAAUUCGGUGUCCUGUGCCGGUGUUUGUGGUUCCAAGCAUCACACCCAUUGCACGGGGUUGUCCCGUGAUUCUACUCGUGAGCUUGGGCGUAAUAAUCAAUUGUUGUGGUUGUGCAAAACAUGUCACGAGUUUCGCAUUGGCACAAAUUCACUUCUCACAAAUCGGCUAUCAAGAGCGAUUUGCUUCCUGAGAUCCUCGCUCUCGUUGAUAAGCGAGCGCUAACACCCAUAUUAGCUAAGCCGUCUGUUAGCAACGCAUCGCGAUCGCACACAUCCACUAAUGUAUCGUCGCUCAAUGCCACAAAUACAUCCAGAACGACUAAAACAGCUUCCGCUCGCCGUACAUUUACUAACUCAACGGAGCUCACUGAUGAUAUCCAAGCUGCGAACGAUACCAACACUGUGGAUGAUUCUGACAACUGUAACCACUACAAUCAUCGUACUAAGCCGACUAGUGAUGUUAGUGCUGGAAACUAUCGAACAAAUACACAAGCAUCUUCUGAUCCUGUUUUGAACCAAAACACCACCAACACGGGCAUAGCCGAGAAAGUAUGGUUAUACUUCACGAACAUCAAAUCGCAUGUCUCGGCUGAUGAUAUGCGUGUGUGGCUUAAAGCUGUGCUACCAACGGACGAUAUUAAUGUUUACCGUCUCACGAAAAAGGGUGUGAACCUGGACUCGAUGUCCUUCAUAUCGUUCAAAGUGAGUGUUCCUAAAUCUCUUAAGGAGCUUGCGCUGCAGUCUACUAUUUGGCCAGUUUCACUUACUGUUCGGGAGUUUGUUGCUCGUGGCCUACCAAAGCAACGUGUACAUGAAAGGGCUCGAUUUGACCCUUCUGAGCUUAUUUCGCAUCGUACAAAUAGUGAAAAUUGCUCUUCAGCUGUGCCAAAAACUACCGCUCAUCCGGAUCAUUUUUUGGAACAUCGAUCGCCACCCCCACAGCGCGUGAUUCUAUCACCAUCCCAGAUGACCGAGAUCUUAGAGGCUAUUCAACUGGAGUUUCCUCCCACACCGCCUCAGUUAUCACCGGGGGUGGGGCUUCAAUCACAAUCCAAUCUCAGCAACUCGAACCGCUCACCACAGAUCAGCCCGUUUGCCAAACGGAUAGCUCACAAUUAAUAGACCCAUUUGUGAUAUAUUACCAAAAUGUUCGAGGCCUUCGCACCAAAUACA